GUCCGGUAUUCCCUUUUAAUUGCUUUAUGUUGCACAUACGCGGUUGUGUUUGCAAACAAAUCAAUAAAUACCUCUAAAAUUUGUUAAUUGAAUAUAGUCAAUUAAGUUAACAAGAUGACCGAGUUGCAAAACAAUUUACCUUCGGGAUGGGACUGUAAACUGGACGAAAGGUCCGGAAAAUAUUAUUAUGUUAACCAUUACACGAAAACGACAACUUGGGAAGACCCAAGGACCCGCCACAGGCCUCUCGGUACCCCGAAACAUUUCUCUAACACACCAGUAGAAUACAUACCCCUACAGCACGGAUCACCCGAGUUGAAGAGAAACUAUGUGUAUCCAAGCCAUUCACCCCCAAUCCACGCAUUUCAAAUGAACUCGAGCAUACCUUUGCAGGAAAUUAAGUCGGGGUCUCGAAAGAGUCCACUGACGUUACGUAGCGGCAGAGUACAAGAUAGUUCCUUCUCGACUACAAAUUCCCUUUGUGGAUCGGAUCCGGAGGAAUCCGUUGCCAAAAUAAGCGCGAUGUUUCCAACUGUUUCGGAAACCCACAUAAAAAUGCUUCUAAAAAAGUACUUAAACCGCGAGGCUUUGGUGAUAAGCGCGCUUCAAGUCGAAAAAUACCCCAUCACAACUCCAGGACCUUUUUCCACACCACCGCCGCAAAGAAACUUCUGGAGGUCCGGCAGCCCCGCUCUUAAGGGUGUUGCCGGGUCCCCCAGGGUCGGCGAGGGGUUUAGGAACUCCCCGAGACCUCAUUCGUCUCCCAAGUUGAAGCUAAGGUACAUGAAGUCGAUCUUUCCCAACGCGGACGAAACGGUGAUUCUGGAAGUCUUGCAGAACAACGACAGUAAUAUUCAAAAAACGUCGGAAACGCUCAAAGAGAUGGGCUACAGUAAAAAAGAUCAUUUUAAACCCGCUACGCCCAAACCGGACGUUAAAGUCGACAGUCCGGCCGGAACGAACGAGCCGGAUCAAACUCAUAAACUUCCGGCGCCCAAGAUGAAGACAUCCGAGGAGAAGCAACAAAUGAAGGAAAAGCUUCAGGACAAAUACAAAGAUGUGGCGGAGCACCUCAUAAAUAUCGCAUUGGAGAGCGUGAAUUACGACGAGAGCCGAGCCAAUCAAAUAUUGCAGAUUAUGAUACAAGAGGACACCCAAGUCGAGAAUACUCGGAAGAGCAGCGUGAAAAAACAAGACGUAAAAGAACCCGACGAACCCAACCCAUCUGCAAGUGACGACCGUGCCCAAAUCCCCGUCUCUCAAAGUCGACAGUCGAUAAAAUCGAUCCUGAAGAGUGACAAAAAAGACGAGACCAGUUCGUUUAGCCGAGUAAUGGAUGAAUGCGACAGGGGCCACUUUAAAUCGACAAAUCUGCGCAACACCUUCGGUCACAAUCCCGGUUUUUCCUGCGGCCCGAACGAAAAGUUGCUGUUGGAGAAUUAUGUUCAGUGGCAAGGACCAAACAGGGCCCUGCGCAAGGGACCCUGCGGCUUAGCCAAAGGCCCCGAUAAAAGUUUAUUGUCGACGAGAGUGUAUGUCCCUCGCGAACCUGGCGCCGAGCUUGCCAAAGGGCCGUCGUGUGGCUCGGCUAAGGGUAGCAUGUUUGCUCAGUUUAAGGCGGUUGUUCUAGGCGAGUCUAGGGUUAAGUAACAUUCCGUCUGCGUUGUGUUGUAAUAACAGUUUCCUGUUGUGUUAUCUGGAUUAGAAACCGUAUCAUGUGCAAUGGGUUGACUAGGGAGGAAUAUAAGAAAGUUGAUAAAGCAACGUAAAAGUUAACUUGUCCCAAAUUGUAAACUUUCAUUGAUACUUCAAAUUUUAUUUAUUAUAAGGUCUGUGCAUUGGGAGCACAUUAUAAAAAUCUCAGUUAGAGCACAGUUCUUGCACCAAUUAUAUCAACAUUAAAUACAUUUAACUCCUUUUUAGUCCUCCCUAGUAUCAACAAGUUUUGUUAAAUGUUGUAAACAUUAUGUACAUCAUUAUGUGUGAGUUACUACUUUCUUGUUGGUUUGUCUAUGUAGGUGUUUUCGUUAGUCUAUCAAAUAGGCCUAAGUUUAAUAUAUCUGUGACAUGUACAUGAAAUUUAAGAGUGGCAUAUUUUUACCCGCAAAUAUUUUUAUAGAAAUAAAUUCUCCGUUAUUCAGU